CUUUCUUUCCUAUCGAGAAAUUGAAAAAAUAAAGCUCAUCGAAAAGCAAUUUUCAUUUGAAGUGUGCUUGCUGUGUAAUUAAUUUGCAAAAUCAAAUAUAAAGCAAAAUGCCUAAGAAUAAAGGAAAAGGUGGUAAAAAUCGUCGUCGUGGAAAGAAUGAAAAUGAAUUUGAGAAACGUGAACUCAUAUUCAAAGAAGAUCAGCAAGAAUAUGCCCAAGUCACUAAGAUGUUAGGCAAUGGACGUCUGGAAGCGAUGUGCUUUGAUGGUGUUAAACGUUUGUGUCAUAUACGGGGGAAGCUUAGAAAGAAGGUCUGGAUUAAUCAGGGUGAUAUUAUAUUGGUCGGUUUACGUGAUUAUCAAGAUUCAAAGGCCGAUGUCAUAUUGAAGUAUACGCCCGAUGAAGCCAGGAAUUUGAAAACUUAUGGUGAAUUUCCUGAAUCGGUACGCAUUAACGAUACCGUUACAUUUGUUGAGGACGGUUUGGAUGAGGAUAUUGAGUUUGGCGAUGAAUUUAGCUCGGAUGAUGACGCCGAUUCCGUAGACAAUAUCUGAUUAACGACAAAAAGCAAACGAGACACAGAACAGCAGCAGGCUGCAGCAGCAGAAAAUAAACUUAAAGGUUAAAAUCGAUCGUAAUCGCCGUAAUAAUUAAAUAAAUUUUCAACUUGAUACAACAUAAAGAGAGAAUAAUAUAUUUUAUCCUCCUCUUCUUUCUUCCCGUACAAGAUCAUACUUCCUCUCCCCCAUAUAUCCUUUUAUUCUCAUUCUCGUUUAAUUUUUUUUCUUCUUUGUUCAUCUUUAUUCAAAAU